AUGGAAGCACCUGGAAAGUACGUUCGGGCUCCCGUCAGCCUCGAGGUAGUAAAUAGCGACUAUAAAGAUGAGCAAGACCAGCCGGAGCUCCUAGAGGACACAACUAAGGAUUACGAUACCGACGAAAGCAGCGAUAGAAACGUGUGGACUACUGAGUUGGACACGUCGAAUGAUCCCGUCCAGUUGUUGACCGAAAUUGAAAACACUGAGAACGGAAUCGACGAACCCAACGCGAAUUCAGAUGACACGAACAAACACCCUGAUGAACCUAGCGGCAGCAAAAAACCCACUAAAACGAGUGAACGUCUCCAAAGAGUGGAAAACGUUCUCGCUGAUCUAACGAAGACAUUGAGCAUGUUUCAAGGAAACACUAAUGUUCAUAAGGAAACCGAUCAAAAUUGGAGUAGCUCCGUUGCUCUAAACAGGUCAUCCAAUAACGUUGCACCGAGUAUCCGCUGGGACAACAUAAAGCCAUUUCCAAGCGGAGUACCUGCUAACAAGAUGUGGGAAGAGUGGAACCGCUACAUCGAGAACUUCGAGAUCGCGGCCACGCUCAGCAAUGCCAAUGACCCUGUCCGGAGAUCUCAGCUGCUAUUCUUCUCAAUCGGAGAUGAACUACAAGGGAUUAUAAGAGCUGCAAAACUAAGGCCCAGCUUAACGGACGUUGACUGCUAUAAUAAAUUUGUAACGAACAUCAGAAACUAUUUCCAGUCAAUGACUGACUCUGCGGCCGAACACGAAGCUUUCUCGAACUUGAAGCAGGAACGAACCGAGUCCGCGGUUGCAUUCCAUUCCCGCUUGGUGGCUAAAGUUCGGUUAUGUCGAUAUAAUCCCGACGAUCAAGAUAGGUUUGUACGCUCACAACUCCUAAAGGGUUUGAGAAACAAAGAGAUUGUGAAGGCAGCCAGAACAUAUGGACAUGACACGAACUAUAUAGUCCAAGCAGCGACUCGGAAUGAAGCCUUCGAAGCGGAAACACCCGUGAAUGAGCAAUCAGAAGUGUAUGCAGUCAAUCGGCGAAAUCAAAAUUUUUCGAAUCACGGAACGAACAGAAAACGAGGAAGGUCAGAUGAAUGGAAUACUAGAGAACAAGCGAAGCGUUAUCGACACGACCGCCGAGACCUACAGGAACGAGGUCGUCGCGCCCGAUGCUCGAGAUGCUACGGAUUCCAACACAAAAACUAUCCUUGUCCAGCGUUGCAGAGAAAAUGCAACUUUUGCCAUGAACUAGGCCACUUUGCAGUGGCUUGUCGUAAGAAGCAUAUCCGAGAAGUGCAAAUCAAGAGCAAUGGCUCACCCACACGCGAUAAUAUGACGCUUAAUGAGCAGCGCGUAAAUGCUCUCUCUCUUGAAGAUGUGUUGGUAAAUUGUCGCUUAGGAGCAUCCAGACCGAUUGAGUUUUUAAUCGACUCGGGCGCAGACGUGAACGUCAUCGGUGGGUCAGACUGGUCACACUUGAAGCAAGAGUUCGAGUCAGGUCAGGUCAAACUCAAAUUUGUUGAAAAUCCCGGCAUGAUAAACUUACAUGCAUAUGGAUCCCAAUCUUCCUUGAUUGUAGACUGCAUGUUUGAAGCAGAAAUUACUGUGCCAGGAUUCGAGUUGUCAGCCAAAAGGGCGUCCUUCUAUGUCGUUAGGAAAGGGAUUAGAUCGCUGCUCGGCCGAUCUACGGCGAACGAAAUAGGUUUACUGCACGUAAGAACCAAUAUCAAUAACCUAGAUGUACUGAAUAGCCUUACGAAAUUUCCAAAAAUGCCUGGAGUAAAGGUGAAGUUUAGCGUGGAUACAUCCGUGCCACCCGUAAAGAACGCAUAUUAUAACGUCCCUGCAGCAUUUCGGGACGCAGCGAGACGUCGAUUAGCGGAAAUGGAGUCUCGUGGUAUAAUAGAGAAGGUGACCACGGCUCCAAACUGGAUUAGCGGAAUGUCUGCAGUCUCCAAGGGAAAAGAUGACUUCCGCCUGGUGGUCAAUAUGAGAGCACCAAAUAAAGCUAUCAAACGGGAGGAUUUCCGUCUUCCUCUAUUAGACGAAAUGAAAGUGAAGCUUCACGGGUCCGCAUACUUCACAAAACUCGACCUAAACAAUGCAUUUUGCCGCCUCGAACUUCACAGCGAAUCACGCGAUCUCACCACAUUCAUCUCUGAGAACGGUAUGUUUCGAUUCACCAGGCUAAUGUUCGGGGUAAAUUGUGCCCCCGAAAUUUUUCAGCGGGAGAUGACUAGGAUACUAGAAGGUGUAGAGAACAUUAUCGUUUACAUAGACGACGUCCUAGUCUUCGCAAAGACCCUAGAGGAAUUACGGAAAACCGUUACCCGAGUUCUGAAAAUUUUCAAAACAAACAACCUGACGUUGAAUGCCAAAAAGUGUGAGUUUGAUAGAACCGCAAUCAAAUUUCUUGGUCACGAGCUCGACAAAGAGGGAUUCCACGUGGACGAAGAAAAGAUAAAGAGCAUUCGGAAUUUUCGUGAACCCACAACCGUAUCAGAGUUGCGGAGUUUCUUAGGUUUGGCAUCGUACAUCAGCCCACAUGUGCAGAAUUUCGCUGAUAUCACUAGCCCAUUGUGGACGAUUAUCACUACAAAAUCAUGGUCAUGGGGCCCUCCACAGAGUCAUGCUUUCAGGGUAGUCAAAGAGCGAAUUGCUAACUGUUGCGUGUCGUUAGGAUAUUUUUGCGAAGAGGACAAAACGAUUGUGUAUACAGAUGCUUCACCGAUCGCAUCGGGGGCUGUCCUAGUACAGGAGGACAAGCAUGGUUCGACGAGAAUUAUAAGCUUUGCUUCCAAAUCGUUGACGGCAACUGAAAGGAGAUACGCCCAAAAUCAGCGCGAAGCCCUCGGAGCGGUUUGGGCAGUGGAGCACUUUUCAUAUUUUCUGCUUGGGAGACAGUUUAUAUUACGCACGGAUGCACAAGGAGUAGCGUUCAUACUGAACCGAGCACGGGAAGAAUCGAAGAGAGCCUUAACACGAGCCGAUGGUUGGGCCUUGAGACUGAGCCCUUACAGCUACAACGUAGAAUACAUUCGAGGUGUUGAUAACAUCGCAGAUUCUCCCUCACGCUUGUAUGAUGGAAAUGAUGAACCAUUCAACGACGAUUCUAGCCCUUGGGAAAUUGCCACACUGGAAGCAAAUUCGGCUGCAUUAAUUGCUGACAAUGAAAUCAAAACUGCUACUUUACAGGACCAAUGCCUACAAGAAGUCAUGGUUGCACUAGAUACAGGAGAAUGGCCACGCCAUUUACGGAAAUGCCAGGCGCUUGAGAAUGUAUUAACAGUUCGUGAUGGCAUGCUGGUGAAAACCGGAUGCGUGGUGAUACCGAAAGCUCUACGCAACAGGACAUUGGAAGUAGCCCACAUUGGACAUCCUUCAACAGCAAAGCUCAAAAGCAUUUUGAGACAGCGAGUUUGA